AUGGGUGCCGAGAAAUUACAGCCCGACGUUGAACAGACGUCCCUGCCGACCUCAGGCGACGCCGCGACCGACGACGAGCCGCCGUACAGCGUCUUCUCAGCGGGUGAGAAGUGGCUGCUGGUCUGCAUCGUGGGGCUGGCCAUGCUCUUCUCGCCGCUGACGGCCAACAUCUACUUCCCGGCCAUGGCGCAGCUGCGGGCGGACCUGGGCGCGACGGAGCAGGAGAUCAACCUGACCGUCACGGCGUACCUGGCACUGCAGGCCGUGGCGCCCGUGCUGCUGGGCGACCUGGCCGACUCGCUCGGGCGGCGCCCGGCCUUCCUGGCCAUGUUCUCCGUCUACACGGCGGCCAGCGCGGGGCUGGGGGCGCUGCGGCGGGGCGGCGGCGGGCUGGGGCCGCUGAUGGCGCUGCGGGCGGCGCAGAGCGUCUGCAGCGCGGCCGUGGCCGUGUCGUACGGCGUCGUGGCCGACGUGGCCACGCCGGCCGAGCGCGGCGGCAUGGUGGGCGCCGCCAUGGUGGCCGUCAACCUGGGCCCCGCGCUCGCCCCCAUGCUCGGCGGCGGCAUCCUGGCCGCGUCGGGCGGCGACUGGCGCUGGAUCUUCUGGUUCCUCGUCAUGUGCGGCGGCGCCGUCCUCUCAUUGGUCGCUUGCGCGCUGCCUGAGACGGCACGUGGCAUCGUCGGCAAUUCCGCGGUCGUUCCUCGAUCCCUGUGGCGCCGCCCGCUGGCGACCGCCUGCUGCGGGAUUCGAGUCCCGGCUGCCGCGAGGCUAGCCGCUCCUGGCGGUGGUGGUGGUGGUGCCGUUGGCGGUGCCGUUGGUGGUGCCGUUAGUGCCACUCCUGGCGCUGCCGUUGCCCCUGCUGGGCCCAACCCCGCCUCCACACCCCCUCCUCCUGCUUCUACUACUGCAACCCCACGGCGGAGGCUGCCCAACCCGCUUCGUUCCGUCCGGCUACUGUUCUACCGAGACUCCUCCCUGGUACUACUCGUCAGCGGCGUCUUCUACAUGGUCUACUACUGCCUCCAGGCCUCCAUAGCGACCCUGUUUAAGCGCAUCUACGGCUUCGACGACGGCGUCAUCGGUGCGUGCUACCUUGCAGUCGGCUCGGGCGUCGUCUUGGGCGGCUACCUCAACGGCCGGCUGCUCGACUGGAACUACAAGACCACGGCGCGGGAGGCCGGGAUCGAGGUGGACCGGAAGCGAGGGGAUGACAUGAGCAGGUUCCCCAUCGAGAUGGCGCGCCUGCGGUCGAUGCAGGCCCUCCAGUUCGCCCACCUCGUGGUCCUUGUCGGGUACGGCUGGGCGCUGGAAAAGGCGGUGCACGUAAGCGUCCCGCUCAUACUGCAGUUUAUCCUCGGGUUCCUUCAAACCUGUAUUGUUCAGACCGGAAACACUCUGCUGGUGGACAUUUUCCAGGAGAGCCCCAGCGCGGCCGCUGCCUCGGGCAACAUUGUGCGCUGCGGCCUAUCGGCCGGCGGCAUUGCUGCCAUGGGGCCGCUCAUGGCCGGGAUAGGGCCUGGCUUUUUCUUCGCCGCGCUUGCCCUCUUCGGGACAAUAUGUGGUGUUGCAGGGACUCACGUGCUGUUGAUCAAAGGCAUGCAAUGGAGGCUCGACAGGACUCCUCUCGGGUGCCUCUGA